GGCCUGGGCGGGGCCACUGCCUGGGUCGGCUCCCCGUAGGUGAGGGAAAGUUAAGGUGAGCCUCCAGCAGGAUUUUCGUCCGGUGACAGCAAGGAAAGUCUCGGAGAAUUUUUUUUUUCUUUUUUUCCCUGCUUUGGAGGCCCAGGUUCAAGGCAAAUUAUAAGUGGGGAACCAAUUUGAAGGAGAGAAAUUGGAACCGAGUUCAGGUGGCAGGUCCUGGGAGAGAAGACCAGCCCUGUCCGAAGUCUGCACCGGCCGCUGACCAACUUGGGGGCCUGGGUUAAGGGAAGAGGGGUUCGGCCAGCACAGGUGGAAGAGAAACUGAUACUGCCCCAAAGAGGCCAACUGAUGGAGGGCACCAGUCCAUGCGCUCGGUAUCUUUAAUCGGUUAAAGCCUUUACAUGAUUUCUUCAAGGCUAACCGGCCGCAGCAGAGCUGUGCCUUUGAUUGGCUAGGGGGCUUUCUGCGAGCCCUAGAAUGACGUUUCUCUACUACUGAGCAAGGGACGGGGGCCCCCACUAUGCCUCGGUUCAGCCUCCUCUCCUGGUCCCUUUCUGCUGGGCGUGAAACGAUGCUCACCAAUCCCACCUAAAGCAGGAGGCAAGGAGCCCAGCCUUUUUGUGCACACAGGAGCCGUCACUGGCCUCCUUUUCUGCCCCCAAGACAAGAGAGGACUCUUGGAAGCCGAGUAGGGUUUCAGAAGUCUUUCUGGACUGAGCCCAGCGUGGUGAGAGGCGAAGGGCCCCGGCGGCCGGCGGGAGGCGGGAGGGGGCGCCCAGGGCCACCAUGGGCCUGCUCAAGGGCCUCCUCGGGGCGCGAAAGCUGCUGCUCGUCAUCUUCGUGCCGCUCCUGCUGCUGCCCCUGCCCAUGCUUCACCCCAGCAGCGAGGCUUCGUGUGCUUACGUGUUGAUCGUGACCGCUGUGUACUGGGUGUCUGAGGCCGUGCCUCUCGGAGCUGCAGCGCUGGUGCCUGCCUUCCUGUACCCGUUCUUCGGAGUCCUCCGGUCCAGCGAGGUGGCCGCGGAGUACUUCAAGAACACCACGCUGCUGCUGGUGGGCGUCAUCUGCGUGGCGGCUGCCGUGGAGAAGUGGAACCUGCACAAGCGCAUUGCUCUGCGCAUGGUCAUGAUGGCCGGAGCCAAGCCGGGCAUGCUGCUGCUCUGCUUCAUGUGCUGCACCACGCUGCUGUCCAUGUGGCUCUCCAACACGUCUACCACCGCCAUGGUGAUGCCCAUCGUGGAGGCCGUGCUGCAGGAGCUGGUCAGUGCCGAGGAGGAGCAGCUCGUGGCUGGCAGCUCCAGCACCGAAGAGGCCGAGCCCAUCAGUCUUGAGGCAAACAACAGCCCGCCCUCUCUGGAACUCAUCUUUGUCAAUGAAGACACAUCGACUGUAGACAUCACCUCGCUGAUGCACAGCAAGAACGUGAAUGGUGUGCCCACGAUCACUAGCCCGGGCAAAACAGCAAAUCCCCAGGGCAAGAAGCAGCGCCGGUCCCAGGAAAAGCCACUCGUCCUGCUCCCCGGCUCCAGGAACCAGGAGCUCAACAGAAGGUACAAGUCCCAGCAUGACCAGAUGAUCUGCAAGUGCCUCUCGCUGAGCAUAUCUUACGCUGCUACCAUUGGGGGCCUGACCACCAUCAUCGGCACGUCCACCAGCCUGAUUUUCUUGGAACACUUCAACAACCAGUACCCAGCUGCGGAGGUGGUCAACUUCGGCACCUGGUUCCUCUUCAGCUUCCCCAUCUCCCUCAUCAUGCUGGUGGUCAGCUGGUUCUGGAUGCACUGGCUGUUCCUCGGCUGCAAUUUUAGAGAGACCUGCUCUCUGAGCAAGAAGAAGAAGACCAAAAGGGAAGAGGUGUCAGAGAAGAGAAUCCAAGAGGAAUAUGAAAAGCUGGGAGCCAUUAGCUACCCUGAAAUGGUAACUGGAUUUUUCUUCAUCCUGAUGACCGUGCUGUGGUUUACCCGCGAGCCUGGCUUUGUUCCUGGCUGGGAUUCUUUCUUUGAAAAGAAGGGCUACCGCACCGACGCCACCGUCUCUGUUUUCCUCGGCUUCCUGCUCUUCCUGAUCCCAGCAAAGAAGCCCUGCUUUGGAAAGAAGACUGACGGAAAGAACGAAGAGCCCUCACUGGGGACAGAGCCCAUCAUCACCUGGAAGGACUUCCAGAAGACCAUGCCCUGGGAGAUUGUCAUUCUGGUGGGAGGAGGCUACGCUCUGGCUUCUGGCAGCAAGAGCUCUGGCCUCUCCACGUGGAUUGGGCACCAGAUGUUGUCUCUGAGUGGCCUCCCACCGUGGGCUGUCACCCUGUUGGCAUGCAUCCUGGUGUCCAUUGUCACAGAGUUCGUGAGCAACCCAGCCACCAUCACCAUCUUCCUGCCCAUCCUGUGCAGCCUGUCUGAAACGCUGCACAUUAAUCCACUCUACACUCUGAUCCCAGUCACCAUGUGCAUCUCCUUUGCAGUGAUGCUGCCUGUGGGCAAUCCCCCCAAUGCCAUCGUCUUCAGCUAUGGGCACUGCCAGAUCAAAGAUAUGGUGAAAGCUGGCCUGGGGGUCAAUGUCAUUGGCCUGGUGAUCGUCAUGGUGGCCAUCAACACAUGGGGAGUUAGCCUCUUCCACUUGGACACUUUUCCUGCCUGGGCGAAGGUCAGUAACAUCACUGAUCAGGCCUAACACAGGUGGGCAAACGGUCCAACUGAAGGAGCUGCCAGCACCUACCAGAAUCUGACCAAGAGGCCAAGAAAGCCACCAGGAGCACACAAACGACACCAGAGGAUUCUGCCAUCUGCCACCUCAAGUGAAGUGCAGCAAGCCUCCGACAACCGAAACACAUGCCUGGAUGUUAGUGCCUUCUGCUCUGCCCUCCUUCCUUAGCACCCUAGUUCAGGAAAACCUGUGGUCUUGCUCACUUCCUGUAUCUUGAGCUCUCCAAUUCCUUCUAAAGACCAGAAGAGAAGAAAACCUUAGUUACCCCUCAGAGGCUAAGCCUCACAAACUAGCCUCACUAGGUUUAUUCUUAAUAUCUUAAUCCCUUUUUAGGAAUUGAGGGGAAAUCCAAAUCAUCCUCCCUACGCACUAAUAAUGAAACCAGUUACAUCUCCUCUUUUGGAGGACAAUCUCCCCCCAGAAUUUUCCCUUCAGUGUUUCUAUCCUAAGCUCUCACCACAAAAAGGCAAUCUUGGUAAGUCCUCUUUGUGGCAUUCAGUACUCUUUUAACAUUACUUAAGCAUCUCCCUUCGAUGGCUUCUCUCUACCUUUGGCACCAAAUUCCCAUAAAGAAAUAGUGUCCUCCUUUAGAAAGGGGUGAGCAGGGUUCUCUUGGUCAAAGGGGAAGAAGGCACACUGAUAUUAGUACAGUUAUCCCCCACUUUUCAAAAGUUCCAGUUGUACCACUUCACUUUCACAAAAGACUUACAUUAGUACCUGUUUUCACUAACUGGAAGAAAUCUGAAGAGGAUUUUUGGGUUUAUGAGAAAUGUCCAAGUAGCGUUCAGCACUGGUUUUGCAGUGAGCCCUCAGAGGAGCAGUGCACAACCUGAGCGGCUGGAGUGGGGCCACCGUGCUCCCUCCUGGGAACCUACACCCAGCAUCUCAGCAUUCAGCUGCCAAAGCUGUGAAUAUCUGUGCUUUAUUUUGUGCAGCCACUAGAAAGUGUCCAAAGGUAUUAGAGGAACCUAAGAGAGGUGUUUUUUUUUUGGGUCUGUGAAUGCUCAAAUAUUUUUCUACAUAAAUGAAUGGUAACUGCUUCUUUGAUCAAUGUCAUUUCAGCUUACAAAAGGUUUCAUAGGAAUGCUCUACUUCUGGAUAGCAGGAGAUACUUGUCUCUCUCAUCACUUACCACUAAUCCUCAAUACCACUGCAUUGGGUCAGUUGGGAGGGAGUAAAAACUCACAGCUGUCUUACUAAUGAGGCCAAAACUAUCAUUAAGACCACAGUACUAUUAAUGACUGACUAGCUUUCUUCUGGAUAUAAGGAGUUUGUUCCUGAGAAGACAAGUACAGAAAGUUCCAAACCCAUCUGUCACUUUCUACAAGUUAAUGAGCCCCUUGAGGAGAGAGAAGAUGUCUUAUGUUCCUUAAAGUCUCCAGCAACUUAUACAAUAUAGUGAACUAACUACUCAAUAAAUGCUGCCCAUGAGAAAUCACUCUGGAAA